AUGAGCUACAAGGUUCCACCCACACUGCUGAGCCUGGCAAUGCAGAACCUUCUGAGGGACCAGGCCUCAUCAAUGUCUGCUCUGAAUGACCUGCCCAUGGAGCUCUUCCCUGCACUGUUCAUGGAUGUCUUCAUGGGCAGACAUACAAAGAUUCUGAAAGCAAUGAUGGCAGCCUGGCCCUUCCCCUGCCUCCCUGUGGGGGCCCUGAUGAAGACCCCCCACAUGCAGACCUUGCAGGCUCUGCUUCGUGGACUAGAUAUGCUGAUUGCACAGAAGGUUCGCCUCAGGAGGUGCAAAUUGCUAGUGCUCGAUUUGCGGACCUCACACAAUAACUUCUGGGACGUAUGGACCGGAAGAGAGGAUGGCAGCUGCUCCACACAGGGUGUGAGGAGGAAACAAAGAGCAAUGGACUUUCCCAAGUCCUCACUGAGGCAGCGUAUGAAGGUGUUAGUGGACAUUGCUAUCAGGUUCCAUCUUGAUAAAUACCAAACAUACUUCUUACAGUGGGCCCAGCAGAGAAAAAAUUACCUACAGUUGUGUUGCAUCAAGAUGCAGAUUCAGUCAUUGCCCAUCUACACUAUCAGGAAUGUCUUCAAAGUUUUCCAGCUAGAAUCCACUGAAGAGUUGGAAUUAAGUGCAGACUGGAAUCUGUCCACUCUGGCACAGUUUGCAGUUAACCUUGGCCAGUUGAGAAAUCUUCAUAAACUCUCUCUCGCACUGAUCUACAAGAGUACCCCUAAGGGUGAGAAUACAUACACAGUGAUGGAGAAACGUGUCACCAAGUUCAUUUAUCAUUUCUCCAAACUUGUCCAUCUCCAGCAUCUCUAUAUGAACGAAGUCUACUUUCUGAAUGGCCAUACCAACAAGUUGUUUGGGUGCCUGAAGACCCCCUUGCAGACCUUGUGUGUUACGCAUUGUCAUCUUUCACUAGCAGACUUGAAUCACCUGGCCCAGAGUCAGAUCCUCUCUCAGCUCAAACACUUGGACCUGAGUGCUACAGAUUUGUUUCAUUUAAGUCCUAGGCCUCUCCAAGUUCUCCUAGAGAGAGUUGCAUCUACUCUGCAGACCCUGGAAUUAAAGGACUGUAGGAUGGAAGACACCCAGCUCCAUGACCUCCUGCCUGCCCUCAGCCAAUGUGCCCAGCUCACCCAGGUCAAUUUCCUUGACAAUAGCUUCUCCAUGGCUUCCCUGAAAGACCUUUUCCACCACACAGCCAGUCUUAGCCAGCUGAGCCUGGAACUGUACCCUGCUCCUCAGGAGUGCUAUGAUGACGCAGGUAAUGUCCUCCUAGAGAGACUUGACCAACUUUGCCAUGAACUUGUGGCUACACUCAGGGACAUAAGGCAGCCUAAGACGGUCUACUUUGCUUCAGCUGUCUGCCUUAACUGCUUUGAACGCUGUGUCUUCGAGCUGGUGACCAAACCUUGUGUCUGUUGGCAGUAA